UAUACUAAUUAACAAACCCAUUAAAAUAGUAUUGCAUCAUUCAGACAAUGAAAAUAGUAUUUUACAUAAAAUGUCACAUGUCACAUGCAAGGUCAUUGGCCCCAAAACUAAUAUGUAUAUGUGUAUAUAAUGUCUCUAUAUAUUAGUUUCUCAAUGUGCCUCUCUAAACAUAAUCUCUCUCUCUCUCUCUCUCUCUCUCUUCUCCUUCUUCUCUCACUAACCAAAUGGAUCCUAGCAUAGCUGCGACCUCCGUGUUCCGAUGGUCUCGGGGUCGCCGGAAGAUUCAUAUCCGCCGUCGAAAGUCUCAGGUAGUGCGUCUUGGCGGGAAUAACAACGUGGUACCACGUGGCGGAUUCUCGUUGAAGAAGAUGGUGAGGAAGAUGAAGCUGAGAUGGUUGAGACUACACUACGUGAGACUGGUGAAGAAGAUCAACGGGUUUUAUCGUAAUUUGGUGAAAGAGUUCUUAGACGCAGGAGCUGAGAUUGAAGCGAUUCAGAAGCGAAUGGCAGUUGAAGCAGCUUCGUUUGCGGUUCCGGGUUUCGGUCUAUCUUUCGCCUCUAUGUCAGUUCAUGACCGAGCAAGGCAUUUACUUGUAUAGUAAUAAUAUUAAAAUGAUCAUAUUCAUAAGCUUUUUAUUACCUUUAUUGUUGUUGUAAUUGUUUCUUAUAAACUAUAAUAUUAUUUUCACAGUGA